AUGGGAUUACACCCCCACCACACCCCCGCCACACCCCCACCACACCCCCGCCACACCCUCACCACACCCCGCCACACCCCCACCACACCCCCAACACACCGCCGCCACACCCACACCACACCCUCACCACACCCCCACCACACCCUCACCACACCCCGCCACACCCACACCACACCGCCGCCACACCCACACCACACCCUCACCACACCCCCACCACACCCUCACCACACCCCGCCACACCCACACCACACCCCCACCACACCCACACCACACCCUCACCACACCCUCACCACACCCUCACCACACCCCCGCCACACCCCCACCACACCCCGCCACACCCCCACCACAGCCCCAACACACCGCCGCCACACCCCCACCACACCCUCACCACACCCACACCACACCCCCACCACACCCCCACCACACCCUCACCACACCCCCGCCACACCCACACCACACCCCCACCACACCCCCGCCACACCCCCGCCACACCCUCACCACACCCCCACCACACCCUCACCACACCCCCGCCACACCCCCGCCACACCCUCACCACACCCCCACCACACCCUCACCACACCCCGCCACACCCCCACCACACCCCCAUCACACCCCCGCCACACCCCCGCCACACCCUCACCACACCCCCGCCACACCCCGCCACACCCACACCACACCCCCGCCACACCCUCACCACACCCCCACCACACCCUCACCACACCUCGCCACACCCACACCACACCCCCGCCACACCCCCACCACACCCCCACCACACCCUCACCACACCCCCGCCACACCCACACCACACCCCCACCACACCCCCGCCACACCCUCACCACACCCCCACCACACCCUCACCACACCCCCGUCACACCCCCACCACACCCCCACCACACCUCCGCCACACCCCCACCACACCCCCGCCACACCCCCACCACACCCCCAACACACCGCCGCCACACCCCCGCCAAACCCUCACCACACCCCCACCACACCCCCACCACCUUCAACAAGCAACACUCAGCCAACUUCUUCCCCAGCCUCCCCUGGGGAAUGAGAGGCUGCAAAGGAGUGUAG